GCCUCACCUAUGCUCGCCAACGGCGGUCGUCGUCGGAGUGCAGCGCGUAGGCUGACCCACGCUACUACUAAGAAGCGCCUCUUUUCAGUGAACCGGCACGCCCACCGCCGGAGCCUCAUCAUGCGCACAGUGGUGGAGAUUUCGAAUCAUGAACCGUGCGUGCCCAGCUAGCUUCCGCCCGUCCGCUGUCGAUCACAUGGCCUGCAACUAUUAUGCAAUCGUGCUUGUGCACUGCGUGCUGUCAGUGUAUGUCAUUCUUGUUUCCUUGUUAGAUUCAGGCCAGUUUCUUUAGUUUGCCACCUUUACCAAAACUAGCAUGGCAACUUGAGCAGUUCACAUAGUAGCUUCCUUGUCCUUUUCUGUAGAUAUAGAAGACCCAAAAAGGUUCUGGCUAGGGAAUUCUUGCUGGUUGUAUAGUGUCAUUCAUUCAUGGAGCCAACUCUGGCCACCGGUGUCACAUGGUCUCUAACUGUAGUGUUGGUAGAACCAUAGAGAUGGGCAUAUAUAGUAUUGUUGGUUGAUUCAAUGCAGUUUGUAUGCUUGCACGGUCAGUACUUACUACUUAGGGUGUGCUAAAGCCUAUAGUAUGGUUGAUGAUUCAUUGAUAUAGUUGUUAGCAACCUUAUCAAACCAGUUAGAGUCAAGUUAUUGUCUGGGAGUCAAGUAUCAGUGUUCCGUCUCGGUCUCUUGUUCAUUGCCUCCUCAUCUUGCUCUCCUGACUGAUACUGAACCUGCUCUAUGUCUGCAACAUUACUACCAGGGUCAUUGUAGGCUGAAGCUAUGGCUGCAGGGCCACUGGAUCUUUGGAAUCACUGGUCCAUCCAGAUCCUUGUGCUCCUCAGCUUCGCACUGCAGGUUGUCCUCUUUUUCUUCGCCGGGAUCCGUCGACGUGGAGUCAACCCUGUGCUGAGGAUCUUGCUCUGGCUGGCGUACCUGCUGGCUGACUCCACCGCAAUAUACGCCCUUGGCCAUCUCUCCCUUGGCACUAUCAGCAAAGAGCGCAAGCAAGGGGAGCUAGUCGCAUUCUGGGCUCCAUUCCUCCUGAUGCACCUUGGUGGCCCGGACUGCAUAACUGCGUAUGCCCUCCAGGACAACCAGCUCUGGCUGCGACACCUGCAGAUCCUCGUCGUGCAGGUCCUCGGAGCUGGCUAUGUCCUCUACAAACGCAUCGCUGACAAUGGGUUCUAUGUUAUGCUGGCUUCUGUCCUCAUGUUCGCCAUUGGUGUUGUCAAGUAUGUGGAGAGGACAUGGGCGCUCAGGUGCGGGAACAUGGGUACCAUCCGGAGCUCUCUCAAGAGGGGACCAGAUGCCAAACAUCACGAGUUCCAUGCUCUGGAUCAAGGGUUCAGAGAGGGGGCUGCCAAUGAGGAAGAACUCUAUGUGCGCCGUGCUCACUCCGUGUUUCAUAUAUGCAAGGGUGCCAUAGUUGAUUCUUGGAUCGAAAAGGAUUCAGAAAACCAUGGAGGCGAGAUGCUUAGGGACAUCAUAAAUGAAGGCUACAAGGGUAUGUGGACAUUAAUGGAGGUGGAGCUCUCUCUGUUGUAUGACAUCUUGUACACCAAGGCAGCUGUGAUCCAUACAUGGCGUGGCUACUGCAUCCGUCUUGUCUCGCCACUUGCCACUGUCGCCGCCUUCCUGCUUUUCCACUUCAGUGUCAAAGAUGGGCACAGAAGAACUGACAUUGCUAUCACAUACACCUUGCUGGCUGGGGCCUUCCUACUGGAGAUGGCAUCAUUGUUGAUGGCCCUAGGGUCGAGUUGGACAUACAGCUUCUUGUGCACCACACGUUGGAGCUGGUUCCGUUAUGCUGUUCUGUGCACGGGAAGGUGGAAUCAGCUUCGUCAGCUUGUCAAGAAGAUCACGCGAAGACAAGUUGCUGGCCAUGCAAGGAGGUGGUCCGGUGAAAUGGGGCAGUACAACAUGCUGCAUUUUUGCAGCCGCCAAGACACAGCCUUCAGUCCAGUUCUCGGUAAACUAGCAAAGAUGGUGGGACUAAAGGAGUGGUGGAACAGCAAGCAUUACUCAGGGACCAUUCAGAUUUCAGAUGAGCUUAGGCUGUGGCUGCACUGGUACAUAGAACAAUUGCCCAGGAAAAACAAAGUGAACACGCAAGGGGUGCUCAGGCAGAAUUGGGGGGUACAGGCAUUGGAGGUUCAUCGUUGUUAUGAUAAUUUCAAAGGCUACCUUGGCAUUGAGCUGCAAGAGGGAAUCGUCAUCUGGCACAUUGGCACUGAUGUCUUCCUUGCCAAAAGCAGUCGAGCGAAGGCAGAUUAUGGAUCCGCGCAGGAGAAACUGGUGAAGACCAUUAGGAUACUGUCUAAUUACAUGAUGUUCCUCCUCGUUGAGCGGCCUGAGAUGUUACCCGGCCUUGCUCAGACGAGGCUGUAUCAACAGACGUGCGAGAACUUGGUCGACAUGUGGUGUAAGGUUGAGUCCUCAAGUCACAGUCAUCCAAACAGGAAGAUCCGUACUAUGAUGAAGGAAUUAUUCCUCUGGCGUGACGACCCAAAUACUUCUCGACUGUUGCAAAGAGAUGAGCUUGCCGUCAUCCUCUACAGCGAGAAGCCAGAGUAUAGCACAGAUGUUCCUCGCCUCUGCUAUGCUAACUGGGUUGCUAAAGAACUACUCAAACAAGAAAAGGAGAAAGGCAGCAAGGCCAUGCUGGACCUGCUCCUACAUGUGUGGAUGGACUUUCUAGUCUACACUGCCAAUAGAUGCAGCAGGGAAUCCCAUGCCAAGAAGCUGAGCAGUGGCGGUGAGUUGACAACCGUCUUAUGGCUUAUGGCAGAUUACUUUCACAAAUCAUUACUGUAUCCCCAGUUUCCUAUAGGCGUGCGUACUGAUUCACCAGAGGAUGGUUGAACCAUGUACACGAUAACCUAACCAUAUUGUAUCCCGAGUUACCUAUCAAUAUUUGGCAAAUUUGGUUUCCAAAUUUCAUGGCUUCGUUUAAAAAGCUGAAGGCUGCAGCCAAAUGACUGGUACAGGCUUCUCUCUCUGGAAGUUACCCUGUUUGUUGUGGCUGUCAGGUACAUCACAGAGGACCUUCUGCUCUAGAGGUGAUGCUGCCCUAAGCUGUGCCCAAUAGCUAAAUAAGAUUGAUCACUCACCGCCACAUGGAAUUCACAAGUAGACAUGUGUUCUCAGAUUGUAUUUUUCCAUGUAAUCCCCCUGAUUCCUUCCAGAUGUAGUGUUGAGAACCGACCAAAUGAUGAGUUGUAUGCAAGAAGCUCUGGGUGCCAUGCUAGUGCAAUUGGCACAUGCAUGGCCUCUCACCAUCUUUGUACUUACUUGCUGAUUUUAAAAGUAGUUACUUCA